AUGAUCUCUCGAAUAGAGACCAAGAACAAAUGUUUCGUCCUCAAGGGCGUCAACGAAGUUGUCUUCGAAGAGCGUCCCAUCCCCGAAAUCAAUCACCCGUGCAGCGUUCUCCUUCAAGUCAACUACACUGGCAUCUGUGGCUCAGACGUGCACUACUGGUCCCGUGGACGAAUUGGACAUUUUUUGGUGAAAGAGCCCAUGGUUCUGGGCCAUGAGUCAGCUGGAACAGUUAUCGAAGUCGGCUCGAAGGUAAAAUCCUUGGAGAAAGGCGACAGAGUAGCAAUGGAACCGGGUGUUCCGUGCAGACAUUGCGUACGAUGCAAGGAAGGGAAAUACAACCUCUGUGAAGAGAUGGCUUUUGCUGCAACACCUCCCUACGACGGGACGUUGGCCAAAUACUACGUCCUACCAGAGGACCUGUGCUACAAGCUCCCAGAGAAGGUUAGUCUGGAGGAAGGUGCACUGCUCGAACCGCUCUCCGUAGCCGUCCACAUAACGCGACAAUCGAACAUCAAGCACAGUGACAGUGUCGUCAUCUUCGGUGCAGGUCCCGUGGGGCUUCUUUGCUGCGCGGUAGCAAAAGCAUAUGGCGCGAGGAAGGUCAUCGCAGUAGACAUUCAGAGACCACGACUCGAUUUUGCGAAGGAAUUUGCUGCUACUUCUACGUUUGAGCCAACUAAGGGUUCGGCGCAGGAGAACGCGCAGAGGUUGGUUCUAGAGAAUGGUCUUGGUCUUGGAGCUGAUGUCGCCAUUGACGCCAGUGGUGCUGAGUCUUCCGUCCAGACAGCCAUUCACGUGCUGAGAAUGGGCGGCUCUUAUGUGCAAGGAGGAAUGGGUCGCGACGAGAUCACUUUCCCAAUCGUGGCCGCUUGCACCAAGGAGUUGACUCUCCGAGGUUCAUUCAGAUACGGUCCAGGAGACUAUCAGACUGCUUUGGACAUGGUUGCGGCGGGGAAGAUCAAUGUCAAGGAAUUAAUUAGCAGGAAGGUCGCAUUUGAGGAAGCAGAGCAGGCAUUUCAGGAUGUGAAGGAGGGUAAGGGUAUUAAGGUUUUGAUUGCAGGACCACAUUGA